AUGAUAUUUGCAAUAAACACUGGCCUUAUUGUUGAUGAAGACUUACGUUUGACAAUAUCCAAGAAUGAGCUUCUACAAAAAUGCGAAAUAUUAUCAGCAGUUGCUACUGUUACAGGCGUUUCUGUUGCACUUGAUGUACCAAUUGGUGAAAUUCUAUUUAGUUUCGAAGAAAUUAGUAAUUAUUUUCAAUGUAAAACUGUAUGGUAAACAUUGUUCUGUUGUAUAAUUGUUGCUCUUAUUGUGUGUACAAUAAAUCCAUAUGAUAACGGCCACACCUCCUCUAAUUUGUUAUUAUUAUAUGAAGUAGCUUUCAAUUUUCUGAAAAAUUAGAUGUCUAAGAAAAAAGCUUGUUAGUGCAGCCCUUUGGGGCUAAAAUGUGGAACUCACAUAUAUCCCUUCGGCUUACUAAAAUUAUUCAAAAUAAUUCAUCUGAAAAAUCUACCCUGAUUUCCAAAACCUAUAAUUAGAUCAUUGCCUAUUUGCACUUAUGUCUGUAAUUGAGUAUUAAUUGUUAGCUCGU